ACUCUUCAUCAAAACCAUUUCUCUCUCUCGCUCUCUCUUAAGUCUUAACCCAAUGGCUUCUAACUACGAUAAGCUUACUUCUUCCAGAGUAGCGAUCAUCGGUGCUGGUGUUAGCGGUUUAGCAGCCGCUAAGCACUUAGCUCGACACAACCCAACGGUGUUCGAAGCCUCGGACUCGGUCGGAGGUGUUUGGAGGAGUUGCACUUACGAGACUACAAAGUUACAAUCGGCUCGAGUCGAUUACGAGUUCUCUGACUUUCCAUGGCCCAACAGAGAUGACACAACCUUCCCACCUUACGUUGAGAUAUUGGAUUACUUGGAAUCUUAUGCUAAGCACUUUGAUCUCUUCAAGUUCAUCAAGUUUGGCUCUAAGGUCAUCGAAGUUAGGUACACCGGUGACGGCGAAAUUCCGCAGAUGGUUGAUCUCGGUGCUUACGGCAACUUGUUGCCCGGAAAACCUGUCUGGGAAGUUGCUGUUCAGAACGGAUCAGAUGCUGGAGAUAUUCAGUGGCAUGCAUUUGAGUUCGUGGUAGUGUGCACCGGGAAAUACGGCGACGUACCAAGAAUACCGACGUUUCCGGCAAAUAAAGGACCUGAGACAUUCAAAGGGAAAGUGAUGCAUUCGAUGGAUUACUGCAAAUUAGAGAAAGAAGAAGCUUCUCAUCUCCUCCGUGGCAAGAAAGUCGCUGUCAUUGGCUUCAAGAAAUCCGCCAUUGAUUUGGCUUUAGAGUCUGCUUUAGCCAAUCAAGGAGAAGGAGGACAAGCAUGCACAAUGGUGGUGAGAACAACACACUGGGUGUUUCCGCAUUAUUGGGUGUGGGGCUUGCCAUUCUUCUUGUUCUACUCAACCAGAGCUUCUCAAUUCCUCCAUGAUAGGCCUAACCAAAGCUUCCUUAGAACUCUCUUUUGCCUCAUCUUCUCUCUUCUGCGUGCCGCGGUUUCCAAAUUCAUCGAGUCAUAUGUUUUGUGGAAACUUCCUCUAGAGAAAUAUGGUCUGAAACCGGACCAUACCUUUGAAGAAGACUAUGCUUCUUGUCAAAUGGCAAUCAUACCGGAGAAUUUCUUUGAGGAAGCGGAUAAAGGGAUGAUCCGGUUCAAGAAAACAUCAAAAUGGUGCUUUUAUGAUCAAGGGAUUGAGUUUGAGGAUGGGACUAAGCUAGAAGCUGAUCUUGUGAUACUCGCGACUGGUUAUGAUGGAAAGAAGAAGCUCAAAGCCAUUGUUCCUGAACCUUUUCGAACUUGGCUUGAGUUUCCAUGCGGCGUCAUGCCUUUAUACAGGGGAACGAUCCAUCCUUUGAUACCAAACAUGGGUUUUGUGGGAUACGUUCAAAGCAACUCGAACCUACACACAUCAGAGCUACGUUCGUUGUGGCUUAGCCGUCUCGUGGAUGAGAAAUUCAAAUUACCGAGCAAAGAGGAAAUGUUGGACCAAUUCUCAAAGGAAAUGGAAGUGAUGAGAAGAUCGAGCAGAUUCUACAAACGUCAUUGCAUCUCUACAUUCAGCAUCCAACAUGCCGAUGAUUUGUGUAAUGAUAUGGGACUCAAUCCUCACCGAAAAUCCAACAUGCUCCUUGAAGCGUUUAGUCCUUAUGGUUCUCAAGAUUAUCGACUCGAUGAAGAAGAAACUAACUGAACAAAAGAAAUAUAACGAAUUAUUGCAUUUGAUGGAUACUGUGUAAUAAAAUUAUAAAAUUGUGUUGGGUGAGUCAUUGAAUUGUGUUGGUUGAGUCACUGAAUAAUCGACGUAUGUUCGAGUGCAUGAGUUUAAUGUUUUUAUACUCUUGUAAUAGUAUGGUGAUAUAAAUAAAGUCAUAUCGCUUUUAGUAUUGAUUCUUA